CUAGAGAGGAUCUGAAAAAACAUCUCCGCCAGCAUAACGCAGCAAAACAUCUUGGUCGUAGGGCUUGAAUGUAGCCUCGUUUGUCUUACUGGUGACUUUUUUUUUUAUUAGUCCUUUUUUUUAGCAGUUAAGUUUUUUUCUGAAAAUCUUUUGGUUCUGUGCUAGCCCUCUGCAUCCUUCUCCAUCACCUUUAUAUCAAGUUUGCAUGUGUAUAUAUAGUGCGGUGGGGGUAGGGAGGCAUACUGUCUCGAGCAGCAGGAGCAGAAAGAUAUGUAGGUACAACCUGAGGCAGCCGGCGUUGAUCCAGAAGGUGCUUGAGUAUGCGGCUUGUGAUUUGUGAACUGAGCACGGCUCUGGAAUGGGCUGCACGACCAGUGUCGUUCUCUUCGAAGGGCUUCGCACCGUCCUCGAGCGCAAUUGUGGAUAUAUCUGCAAGAGUCAACCAGAUCAGAAUGCACUGGAGCAGGCAACACAACUUCUGAGCAGGGGAGACUCCGGGACAUGGGUGCACUCGGCCCUGGCAAAACCGAAACUCAUUGAGCCAUUAGAUUAUGAGAAUGUCAUUGUACAGAGGAAAACACAGAUUUUUAGCGAUGCCUUACGGGAUAUGCUGCUGUUUCCUAUGGAUGAUUUCCAGAUAUCAACACUGAAACGACAAGGUAGAACACUUUUCUCUACUGUACCAGAAAAUGCAGAAAAGGAGGCUCAGACCUUAUUUGUUCAAGAGUGUAUCAAGACAUAUAACUCAGACUGGCAUGUUGUUAAUUAUAAGUGUGAAGAUUACUCAGGAGACUUUCGACAGCUUCCAAAUAAAAUAUCAAGACCUGAAAAGCUGCCGGUCCAUGUGUUUGAAGUUGAUGAAGAAGUAGAAAAAGAUGAAGAUACAGCGUCCCUGGGUUCCCAGAAGGGUGGGGUAACAAAACAUGGAUGGCUUUACAAAGGCAACAUGAACAGUGCAAUCAGUGUAACCAUGAGGUCUUUCAAAAGAAGAUAUUUCCAUCUGACACAGCUUGGUGAUGGAUCGUACAAUCUUAAUUUCUAUAAGGAUGAAAAGCUUGCCAGAGAACCCAAAGGGUCAAUAUUUCUUGAUUCCUGCAUGGGUGUAGUCCAGAAUAACAAAGUGCGCCGUUUUGCCUUUGAGCUCAAAAUGCAAGAUAAGAGCAGUUAUCUUUUGGCAGCAGACAGUGAGGUUGAAAUGGAGGAAUGGAUUACAACUUUGAACAAAAUUCUUCAGAGCAACUUUGAAGCUGUCAUGCAGGAGAAAAGAAAUGGGGAGUCGCAUGAUGAUGAUGAAUUAAGCAAAGCAGAUAAUACAUCAUCCAGUUUGGAUAGCUUUCUUCCAGACAUUGCCAAGAGUGUAAGAGAAACUGAAAUUAAGUCAAAAAGUGAAAGCCGACUGAAGCUUUUCCUUCUGGAUCCAGAUACACAAAAACUUGACUUCUCAGGGAUUGAGCCAGAUGUGAAACAAUUUGAAGAAAAGUUUGGGAAACGAGUUUUAGUGAAAUGCAAUGACUUGUCUUUUAAUCUUCAAACCUGUAUUGCUGAAAAUGAAGAAGGGCCCACAACAAAUGUGGAGCCUUUCUUUGUUACUCUGUCACUCUUUGACAUCCAAAGCAACUGCAAGAUUUCAGCAGACUUUCAUGUUGAUCUAAAUAAUCCAUCUGUGAGGCAGAUGAUACCAAGUGCUUCCACCCAACACAUGAAUGGUGAGGCAGCCGUGGGGUGCCAGAAGGUGUUUAAUGGUCUUCCUGAAAGUCUCUUGCAGUACCCCAAACAGGGUAUAUUCUCAGUAAUGUCUCCACAUCCUGAUAUUUUCCUGGUGGCUAGAAUUGAAAAAGUGCUACAGGGAAGCAUCACACAUUGUGCUGAGCCAUAUACAAAAAGUAGUGAUUCUAUAAAGGCUGCUCAGAAAGUGCUUAAAAAUGCCAAAGUUGCAUGUAGCAGGCUAGGACAGUACAGGAUGCCAUUUGCAUGGGCUGCAAGGCCUUUAUUUAAAGAUACACAGGGAACUCUGGACAAAGCCAACAGAUUUUCUGCACUCUAUAGACAGGACAGCAAUAAGCUUUCCAAUGAAGACAUGUUGAAACUUCUAACAGAUUUCAGAAAACCUGAGAAGAUGUCCAAGCUCCCAGUUAUCUUGGGAAAUCUGGAUGUCACCAUUGAUAAUGUGGCUCCUGAUUUAACAAAUUGUGUUACCUCUUCGUACAUUCCAGUCAAGCAGUUUGAAACCAAUGGCAAAAUGAAUAUCAUGUUUGAAGUAGAGGAGUUUGUUCCCUACCUGCCUAAAUAUUCCCAGCCAUUUACUAUUUACAACAAUCACCUCUAUGUUUACCCUAAGCACUUGAAGUAUGAUAACCAGAAAUCUUUUGCAAAGGCAAGGAACAUUGCAGUCUGUGUUGAGUUCAGAGAUACUGAUGAAGAAGAUGCACAAUCACUAAAGUGUAUCUACGGUAGACCAGGUGGACUCACUCUUACGAAAAGUGCAUUUGCUGCAGUUUUGCAUCACCAGCAAAACCCAGAAUUCUAUGAUGAGAUAAAAAUUGAGCUUCCAACCCAACUCAAUGAAAAGCAUCACUUGCUCUUCACAUUCUACCAUGUCAGCUGUGAUAAUACCACUAAAGGAAGUACAAAGAAAAAAGAUGUGGUUGAAACUCAAGUUGGGUACUCUUGGAUUCCCCUACUAAAAGAUGGCCGAGUGCUUAUGAAUGAGAAUCACACCAUCCCAGUAUCUGCAAAUUUACCACCUGGUUAUCUGUGCUCUCAGGAUUUGGGGAUAAGCAAGCAUUCGGGUCCAGAAAUUAAAUGGGUUGAUGGAGGAAAACCCUUGUUUAAAAUUGGAACUCACUUUGUAUCUACAAUUUACACUCAGGAUCAGCACUUGAACAAUUUUUUCCAAUACUGUCAAAAGACAGAAUCAGUAUCAGAGGCCCCAGGAGUUGAAUUGGUUAAAUACUUGAAGAGUUUACAUGCCAUGGAGGAUUAUGUGAUGAUCAAAUUCCUGCCAACUAUCUUAAAUCAGAUGUUUCGAGUGCUAACUAAGGCCACACAGGAGGAUGUUGCAGUCAAUGUCACAAGAGUUAUGAUUCACGUUGUAUCCCAGUGCCAUGAGGAAGGUCUAGAGCACUACCUGCGUUCAUACAUAAAGUAUGUAUUUAAAACUGAGCCCUACAAUGCUACCUUCUCUAAAACUGUGCAUGAGGAACUGACCAAAGCAAUGACUGCCAUCCUGAAGCCAUCAGCCGAUUUCCUCACAAGUAACAAACUACUUAAGUAUUCAUGGUUUUUCUUUGAAGCUCUGAUAAAGUCAAUGGCCCAGUAUUUAAUAGAUAGUGCUAAAGUCAAGUUAUCCAGGAACCAGCGAUUCUCCGCCUCUUUUCACCAUUCCGUGGAGACUCUAGUUAACAUGCUGAUGCCCCAUAUUACUCAGAAAUACAAAGAGAGUUUGGAAGUGGCAAGAAAUGCAAAUCAUAGCCUUGCAGUUUUUAUUAAGAGAUGUUUCACUUUCAUGGAUAGGGGGUUUGUUUUCAAACAAAUAAAUAAUUAUAUAAGCUGUUUCAGCCCAGGAGAUCCAAAGACACUUUUUGAGUUUAAGUUUGAGUUUCUUCGUGUGGUUUCAAACCAUGAACAUUACAUUCCCUUGAAUCUUCCCAUGCCAUUUGGGAAAGGAAGAAUCCAGAGGUUUCAAGCCUUUCUUUCACCAAAUGUGGAGUCACAUGAUACUCCUGUAGACCUCCAGCUGGAUUACUCGUUGACAGAUGACUUCUGUAAAAAUCAUUUCUUGGUUGGUCUCCUCCUGCGUGAAACAGGCAGUGCACUUCAAGAGUUCCGAGAAGUCCGCCAGAUUGCAAUUAGUGUACUGAAAAGUUUAAUGAUGAAGCAUAGUUUUGAUGACAGAUACGCAUCAAAGAGCCAGCAAGCACGACUAGCCACUUUGUACUUACCACUUCUAGGAUUGUUGCAAGAAAAUGUGCAUCGCAUCAAUGUGAAAGAAGUCUCUCCUUUCCCAGUGAACAAUUCAAAUCAGAACACAAAAGAGGACUCUCUUGGAAAUUCCCAGUCAACUCCUCAGAAACAGCCAAGCCAUGCUGACAGCAGCCUACACAAAGAUGUUUUUGGGGUUAUCUCUGGUACAGCAUCUCCUCACACAUCCUCUACGCCGAACAUCAAUUCUGUACGACAUGCGGAUUCUAGAGGAUCCCUCAUUAGCACUGACUCUGGCAACAGUUUACCUGAAAAAAACUGUGACAAGAGCAACUCCCUGGACAAGAAUCAACAGAGCUUGGCUCUUGGUGGCACUGUAGUUCGCUGUGACAAAUUGGACCAAUCAGAAAUAAAGAAUCUGCUAAUGUGUUUCCUCUACAUUCUGAAGAGCAUGUCUGAAGAUGCCUUAUUUACUUUUUGGAAUAAGGCCACAGCAGCUGAACUUAUGGAUUUCUUCCGAGUCACAGAAGUUUGUCUUCAUCAGUUCAGAUAUAUGGGAAAGAGAUAUAUUGCAAGGAACCAGGAGGGGGUGGGACCCAUAGCACAUGAACGGAAAUCUCAGACUUUGCCUGUAUCCCGUAACAGAGCAGGAAUGAUGCAUGCCAGAUUACAACAGCUGAGCAGCCUGGAUAACUCUUUCACUUUUAACCACAGUUAUAGUCAUUCAGAUGCAGAUGUUCUUCAUCAGUCAUUGCUGGAAGCCAACAUCGCUACAGAAGUCUGCCUAACUGUUCUAGACACACUGAGCUUAUUCUCAAUGGUAUUCAAGCAACAACUUUGUGCAGAUCAUGGACAUAAUCCUUUAAUGAAGAAAGUCUUUGAUGUCUAUCUCACAUUCCUUCGUAUCAAUCAGUCCGAAAUGGCACUUAAGCAGGUCUUUACUUCAUUGAGAACAUUUAUUUACAAGUUUCCUUGCACAUUUUUUGAAGGACGAGCAGAUAUGUGUGCUGCUUUUUGCUAUGAAAUCCUUAAGUGCUGUAACUCAAAGCUGAGUACAAUCAGAAGUGAUGCUGCACACCUUCUCUAUUUUCUUAUGAAAUCAAAUUUUGAUUACACUGGAAAGAAGUCCUUUGUAAGAACACACCUCCAGGUGGUUAUCGCAGUCAGCCAGUUGAUUGCUGAUGUUAUUGGAAUCGGUGGAACAAGGUUCCAGCAGUCCCUGUCCAUUAUAAAUAACUGUGCCAACAGUGACAAGACAGUUAAGAACACAGCAUUCCCUUCAGAUGUGAAAGAUUUGACGAAGCGAAUCCGUACUGUGUUGAUGGCUACAGCUCAGAUGAAGGAGCAUGAAAAUGAUCCAGAAAUGCUUGUCGAUUUGCAGUACAGUCUGGCCAAAUCCUAUGCCAGUACACCAGAGCUCAGAAAAACCUGGUUAGACAGCAUGGCAAGAAUUCAUGUGAAAAAUGGCGAUCUUUCUGAAGCAGCAAUGUGCUAUGUACAUGUGGCAGCUCUGGUGGCUGAAUAUCUUCGAAGGAAAGGAAUGUUUAAACAAGGCUGCUCAGCCUUCCGGGUGAUUACGCCAAAUAUCGAUGAGGAGGCAUCUAUGAUGGAAGAUGUUGGAAUGCAGGAUGUACAUUUCAAUGAGGAUGUGCUAAUGGAGCUACUUGAACAGUGUGCAGAUGGUUUGUGGAAAGCUGAAAGAUACGAGCUGAUUGCUGAUAUUUAUAAGCUUAUUAUUCCUAUUUAUGAAAAACGUAGAGAUUUUGAGAAACUUUCCCACUUGUAUGACACACUGCACCGGGCCUACAGCAAAGUGACAGAAGUUAUGCAUACAGGAAAACGGCUUCUUGGAACAUACUUUAGAGUGGCCUUCUUUGGGCAGGCAGCGCAGUACCAGUUUACUGACAGUGAGACAGAUGUCGAGGGUUUCUUUGAAGAUGAGGAUGGCAAGGAAUACAUAUACAAGGAACCUAAAUUUACACCCCUAUCUGAAAUCUCACAACGGCUUCUUAAACUGUACUCUGACAAGUUCGGUCAAGAAAAUGUGAAAAUGAUCCAGGAUUCAGGAAGGGUGAAUCCAAAAGAUUUGGACUCCAAAUAUGCCUACAUCCAAGUUACUCAUGUAACUCCUUUCCUUGAGGAGAAAGAACUUGCUGACAGAAAAACAGAUUUUGAGAAGUGCCACAAUAUUCGACGUUUUGUGUUUGAAAUGCCCUUCACAGUUUCAGGAAAGAAGCAGGGUGGUGUGGAAGAGCAAUGCAAGAGAAGAACAGUUCUUACCACUACUCACUGCUUUCCCUAUGUAAAAAAACGCAUUGCAGUCAUGUACCAGCAUCAUACAGAUUUGAAUCCUAUUGAGGUAGCCAUUGAUGAAAUGAGCAAGAAGGUGGCUGAACUGAAGCAGCUUUGUUCUUCCUCUGAUGUUGAUAUGAUCAAACUACAGCUGAAGUUACAGGGCAGUGUGAGUGUGCAGGUCAAUGCUGGUCCUUUGGCAUAUGCAAGAGUUUUCCUAAGUGACAGCAGCACAAAGAGAUACGCUGACAACAAAGUGAAACAGCUCAAAGAAGUAUUUAGACAGUUCGUGGAAGCUUGUGGUCAAGGCUUAGGAGUAAAUGAACGGCUAAUUAAAGAAGAUCAGCUUGAAUAUCAGGAAGAAAUGAAAGCCAAUUACAGGGAAAUGGUUAAAGAGCUUUCUGAAAUUAUGCAUGAACAGAUUCCAGGAGCAGAAGAUGGGAUGAAGAGCAGUGUGAUGCCCAACUCCCUUCAUAUAUUCAAUGCAAUCAGCGGAACUCCAACCAGCACCACUAUCCACGGGAUACCUAGUUCCUCAUCAGUGGUGUAAAAAGGUUACACAAAACUUUGAAUUUAGAGCCAUUUUCAUUAUUUCUUUAUUUUGUUUACUUGUUGUUUGCACACUCAGGUUUUCUCCAAAGCUAAGUAUUGGGCACGUGCAAGCAAUUCCUUGGGAGUGAGACUACCAAGCAGUCAGACCUCCACCUUGCCAGCUCUUUCUGUGUGUCUUGUUUAGAGGACCUAAUGCAUAUUUUUUUUUAAUACCAGUUUGCUGAAAUCUGUAUUGUUCUGUACAUAAUUAAAUGUAACAUCAUGUUAAAUAUGGAUUUUUUUAAACUUUGAAAAGCAUUGUACAGCAGGAAUAAAAGGGUAUUUUAAGAAUUUAGUAGAAAUAAGCUUUUUAUUUGAAUGCUACACUGUAUAUUUUACUUAUUGAGCAGUAACUGUAUUGAGUUCUUGUGUAGUGUUUCCUGUGGAGACUUCAGAAUGUGGAUUUUAAGCAAGAACACUUAAUGCAUGUACUUGUUCUAAUAUAUGGAACAAGUCUUUUGUAUUAAUGGACGUCAGAAAUCUUGUCCAUACUUUUCUAUGUAUCCAAAUGUAUUAUAUAAAUGUCUAUUCUUAAAAACAAUAGUAAACUUUGGGGGAUGUAUUCAUGAACAUUCAUUGCACUCGAGGUAUAUUGGUCUUCAAGUAUUGUUCAUGGCUGAGUUCAGAGCUCUUCCUGUAAAUGAAAAUAUUAGAUUUCUACAUGUAAAAUGGUCUUAUUAUAAAAUAUCUCUUUAAGAAGAAUUUUAAUGCUUGAGCCAUUAAUUGUCUUAGACAUAUCUGUAACAAAAAUAGAUACAGUCAAGGCACAAGUAGUCGUGAAAGCCGUUGUCCGUUCUUGUUUCUGAAUGAGUGCAAUAUGUGUCUUCAGCUGGCAGUCUGUCCUUUGUUUUUGGGAUUGAUACACUGUAUACAUAACAUUCAUCCUUUGCCAAAGUGAUGGAGUAAGUAAUUGGAAAACAACACCAUACCAUUGAAACUGGUGAACAGAAUUUUAAAUCCUUUUAUUGUUCUUUUAAAUUCGAUAAUUUUAUAUUUUAAAAUUUAUUUAACUGAUACAUUCUGUAUGUAAAUUGUUACCUACUGCAUCUGUUUAAAUUAAAAGUUGCUGCGUUCUCAAAU